CCAAUACACCACCAACGCCCUCUCCGCACGCCUUCUCGGGCCCUCAUACGAGCAAGUCUCUCCGAGAGGGACAACGGACCUCACAAAAAUUUAUCCAACUCCAUUGCACCCCAUGUCAUUCUCCCUGCAAUAACCCCGACUUGCGUGCCUAUCAAAACGCGUCGGCCCACUCCAGUCAAACCGCGAACCCCGACGCAGAAUCCGGGCAAUCGAACAAUCAAAACAAAACUACAGCCUCCUAUAUAGAUCUGGCAUGACCUUCGACGCGUCCGCUCUUCGAUAACGAUGUAUCUCCCACGAUCACUGCUAUCAACCCUCUAUCUUCACCUCCAACGAACCCACCACCCGCUCUCCCCGCCCGUCCUGAUCCUCGUCGCCCUCGAACCCGACGCAUUAUGCGGCUGUCGUAUCCUCACGAACCUGCUCAAACGCGACUAUAUCGCACAUAAGAUCCAGCCAAUUGCCGGCUAUGGCGACUUGGAGAAUACGGGGCGCAACGUCAUUAGACCCAUGAUGGAGAGUGAGGGCGGCAGCGGAGGGGUAGUUGUCUGCUUAGGUGUCGGCGGGUUAGUUGACCUUGGAGCUUUACUGGGCAUUGAAGCCGAGGGGGAUGAGAGUAGUUAUGGCGGGGUUGAAGUAUGGGUCGUGGAUGCGAGACGGCCAUGGAACUUAGGGAACGUUUUCGGGGGGUUACCAACCUUGCCACAGAUCGAGCAGGACGGGGAAAUGGUAGAUCAGAAGCAUCCUGGGGUUGAAGGUGGGAAGAUCCUGCGAGAUUAUAAACCGGGGAAAGGGGGGAUUAUCGUGUUAGAUGACGGCGACAUCGAAGAGGAGCUGGAUGCGGAGCGAGAAGCGUACCUGGCACUUGUGGAGAUGCCAGAGGUUGAGGAUGAUGGCGAUGAAAGUGAUGGCAGUGAUACGGAAAGCGAUGAUGAGGAAUCCGUACCAAGGCCAGGACAGAAGCGAAAGUCGUGGUCAGACCGAUACGAGGAUGAGAGUAGUGAUGACGACAGGCCACGGCAGCGGCGAAAGAGCAAUUCGUCGAGUCCCAUCCCAGACUCUCCAUCACGUCCGCCAAGACGGGGCCUAAUGUCCCUCGAAGGCCCCCUGACAGUGGCCUCUCGUUCUGUUUCCCCUACCCCAGCACAACCUCCCAAGGCUCCCUCUGCUCGAACAUUACGGCGGCGUCUACUAAAGCUUCGUCGAAAACAUGAAUCGGUUCUACAAGCGUACUAUUCUCUCGGAGCAUCAUAUUCAGAGCCAAUAUCUUCGAUGAUGUAUUCCCUGGCUUCGGAGCUUGGUCGGGAAGACAAUGAUAUGCUUUGGAUGGCAAUUGUAGGAGUUACAUCAAUGGAGUUGUAUGGCAGAUCUUCAGUUGGUGUCGCUGUUUCUACCCAGAAAUCGUCCGCAUCGCCCACUGGCUGGCUGGGUACUCGAGGAUCACGAAUACGACAGCUUCUACGGGAUGAAGUCCGGCGUUUGAACCCGCCAGGACUCUCGGAUUCAAGCUAUGUCUCGAAUCGCAACACUCUCCCCGAAAACAACGGUAUCAUUCCCACCACCGCUCGAAGCCCUACAGAUACCAGUAUCCGAUUAUCACCUGAACCGAAAUUCCUCCUGAUUAGACAUUGGAGUCUCUACGACAGCAUGUUGCACUCGCCUUAUCUAUCUGCGAGGUUACACAUCUGGUCAGAUAGCGGCCGAAAGCGGCUUCACAAGCUCCUCGCAAAGAUGGGAGUCAGUCUGGUGCAAUGCAAACAAAGCUAUACACAUAUGGACAUGGAACUGAAGCGAGGUUUACGAACAAAGCUAUUGAAAUACUCGGAGAUGUACGGGCUCGACGACUUGGUACCACCAGCAGACACCGACGGCAAAGACCGAGGGGGAACCAAAGAAGGGUGGGGAUUCGUUCGAAGCUGGGGUUGGCGAGCAACAUUAAGCGCACAAGAUGUCGGCGUGGUGGUUGGAGCUAUUCUAGAAGUUGGUAAAAAGGCCGUGUCAACCCUCGAGAGCGGAGGUUUUGAUCGGCGUAACGAGGUCAAAGAAACUAGCGAUGAAGAUGGGAAGUUAGAGAGCGAGGAGUGGGUAGGGCGAUUCUGGGAUGCUUAUGACGCCUUGGAAAAUAUCGAAGAACUCAAAGCAGCCCUUCCCACCGCGCAGCAUCUUCACCGGGCCAUCCUACGAACCGGUACCUCCUUAAUAUCCAAACGCCAAAUUCGCCACCUCCGUGCGUUCCGCAUGUGUGUGGUGAAGGAUGGGCCCGACGUAGCACUCUUCACUCACCCUUCCGCCUUGACCAAACUUGCACUCUGGAUUGGAGAGGCAAUCGCGGAGCAGGAGAGAGAAAGCAAGGGGAAGCUUGGGCAUGGCGGAAGAGGGACGCCUCUCGUGGUAGCUGGACUAAAUGAGGUGAGAGGAGUAUAUGUCGUUGUUGGAACUGGCGGUGGUGGAGGUGGUGGCAUGGGAUUUGGGGAUCGGGAGGCAGCGAAGGCGCGGAAGGAAAAGCGGGAAGCGAAAGCCAAAGCCCGCGAAGAGAAACGCAAACAGAAAGAAAAGAUUCGCGAAGAGAAACGGGAAGCUCGCCGGCGGGCCAGAGAGGAGAACGGUGAAGAAGAUGAGGACGAUGAAGAAGAAACCGAGUCGGAAAGUGAAGAAGACAGUGAUGAGGAUAGUGAGGAUGACGAAGAGGAAGAGAAGACCAAAGGGUUCGGAAGGAAUAAAUUCGGUAACGCGUUCCAGGAGGUGGUGGAGGAGACCAACGCCCGGGUCCGGAUCGAUAGUUUUGAGCAUUGUGUGGUGGAAGUUAAGAAAGAGGAUCUGGCAGGCUUUUUGGAGAGUCUGAGUAUGAAGGCCGUUGUAGGGUGAGUGGUGAAUGUAACCCACGAUAUGGAGAGAAAUGGGUGUAUCCGAGGGGGGUGAAGUUCAGGGAGCAAGAAGAGGAGGGGAAUGCGGAUAUGUGUUAUGACUUGUUACUCUUGUCCUGGGUUCGCUCUGCUUUGCAUUGCAUUGGAUACGCUGCGUACGGGACAGGAGUUGAUUCACAUAGCUCGAGAUGGGUAGCUUGGGUCCUUGCACUUUUUUGGAGUUGGCUUUAACAUUAGUAAUCCCAGAACGAUACAUGAAUUUCAAGAUGAC